UCUCCUGGCCGCCAUGUCGCCGGUGCGGGCCGUGCUGGCGCUGCUGGCCGCGCUCUCGGCCCCGGCGGCCGGCUACUUCGUCAGCAUCGACGCGCACGCGGAGGAGUGCUUCCUCGAGCGGGUCCCGUCCGGCACCAAGAUGGGGCUCAUCUUCGAGGUGGCCGAGGGAGGCUUCCUCGACAUCGACGUGGAGAUCACAGGCCCUGAUAACAAGGGGAUAUACAAGGGAGACCGAGAGUCCAGUGGGAAAUACACCUUUGCAGCUCACAUGGAUGGGACGUAUAAGUUCUGCUUCAGCAACAGGAUGUCUACCAUGACUCCGAAGAUAGUGAUGUUCACUAUUGACAUUGGUGAAGCUCCAAAAGGACAAGAUAUGGAGACAGAAGCUCAUCAGAACAAGCUAGAAGAGAUGAUUAACGAAUUAGCGGUGGCCAUGACAGCCGUCAAGCAUGAACAGGAGUACAUGGAAGUUCGUGAAAGGAUACACAGAGCAGUUAACGACAACACAAACAGCCGAGUGGUGCUUUGGUCCUUCUUUGAAGCCCUCGUACUAGUUGCCAUGACACUGGGACAGAUCUACUAUCUGAAGAGGUUUUUUGAAGUCCGGAGAGUUGUUUAAUCAAACAUUUGAUUUCUUCCCCCCCUCCUCUCCCUCUCCAGCGAUCCCAGAUUCUCCAUUCACUGUCUACCAAACAACUUGGUCGCAAAACUCGCUUAGUUUUAUCCCUGCUUUCCGAACUAUAAAGUUUCUCUUAGUUUAAUUUUUUUUAUAUAUAUAUAGAGAGAGAUUGGGCAAUACGUGCUGAGAGCUUUUCACUGGAAUUGGCAGUCAUGUUUCUCACCGAACUGGAGUGAGUUCAACCAAAU